AUAUCAGGUGGCUUGGCGGUUGCUAUUCCGGGUGAACUAAAAGGCUAUUCAACAAUUUAUAACAUGUACGGUGGCAAAGUUCCAUGGAAAUCGUUAUUUGAGCCAACUAUAAAGUUAUGUGAAAAUGGUAUAAAGAUCAGUAAACGUCUACAGAUAAACAUGCAAAAUCACGAAGACAUGAUAAAGAAUGACCCAUUUCUCAGAGGAGCAUUAUUCGAUGAAAAAACCGGACAUGUAAAACAAGUUGGAGAAGAGUACAAGUUACUAAAGUUAGCAGAGACCUUAAAAAUCAUAUCAGAUGAAGGUGCCGAUGCYAUAUACAACGGGUCAUUAACACAUCAAUUAGUAGAAGAUUUAAAAAAAGUCAACGGUAUUAUAACUGAAGAAGACCUUGCCAAUUAUGAGGUAGAAAUUGAAGAAUCAUUUUCCGUAAAUUUAAAAAGUGGACAUACAAUACAUUCGGGGCCACCACCUGGUUCUGGUGUACUCUUAGCCUACAUACUCCGAAUAUUGGAUGGAUUAUUACCAGCACCAAAUCCUGGAUUAGACGCACAUCGAUUUGUAGAAGCUUUCAAAUUUGCAUUUGGCGAAAGAACACAUUUAGGUGAUCAUAAUUUCGUGAACGUGUCCAAUAUUUAUGAAAAAAUAAAUUCAGAUAGUUACAUCGAUAGUAUUCGAAACAAAAUAACCGAUAGUUUUACUUCGUUGGACCCAAAGUACUAUGGUGCUGACUUUGAUAUGCCAGAGAACCACGGGACUGCUAACAUGGUCGUCACCGAUUCGUUGGGGAAUACUGUCGUGGGAACCAGCACUUUAAAUAUAUACUUUGGUUGUGGUUUCGUGUCUCCUAGCACCGGUAUUCUUUUAAACAAUGAAAUGGACGACUUUUCUACUCCCGGAGUAACUAAUUAUUACGGAAUUCCAUCUUCACCCGCCAAUUUCAUUGCACCAGGAAAACGACCAAUGUCGUCWAUGUGCCCAGCUAUAAUCACAGAUAAAAAAGGAGACUUUGUCCUAGGUGUAGGAGCAGCAGGUGGAUCGAAGAUCACGCUUGCAACUGCCUACGUGUCAGCCCUUAAACUAUGGUACGGUAUGACAUUGAAAGAAGUGAUAGACAAACCCAGAAUUUACCAUCAACUUAUUCCUAUGGAAGUUCAAUAUGAAUAUGGAACGUUAAAGUCUGUUGUACAAAAACUUAAAGAUAUUGGUCAUCCAGUAACUAGGUUGAAGAAUACCAUAGGUUCAGCAGCGACAGCAAUUGCCAAAUCACCCUUAGGAAUGAUCGAAACCAUGCCAGAUUUCAGGCGACCAGGAAAUUCAUCCGGAUAUUAACAGGAAAAUAUCAUGUUGAUAAUAAAUUACGAUUAAUAAAUUGUUGUUGUAAAGUGUACCUUGUAAGUUCCUAAAACGAUUAUAACGGUUCUACUACGAACGACUUGCAGUGAAUAAUAUGUAUUAAUGUGCAAUAUAUUAUACAACCGUGUUAUAACUUUUUUUUAGGUAAUAUUGUCCGCAAGUUCUAAUUUUUCWUAUAAAAUGUACAGUAUAUAGGUAGGUAUAAAUAUUUAUGUACCUAUGGUAAUUAUUUUGAUGAAAAUAUGAGGUAUAUUUAAUGUGUAUAAUCAUUCAAAUAAUUUUAACUUAACAUAAUAUAUUAUUUCAACUUUAAACAUAAUUGCUUAUUGUUUAGCUGGUAAUGAUGUUAGCAWUGAACACUAUCGUGUUAAAGUGUUGGUAACAUAAAUUAUGUUGACGGAUUGGUAUACAAUAACUAUUGAGAUAAAAGAUAAUUUGAUAAUUUAAGUUCUCCUCAAUUGUGAUCAAACCCCUGUAUAAAAUCUAGUUAAUGAUGUUAAUUAUUUGUACUUUAUAAAAACAAUUGUAUGUUACACCAAUAAGUUUAUUUUUUGUAAU